AUGGCUGACAAAAAAUCAAUUAAUGUUUCGGCAAUAGGAACUAGCGCCGGAGCAUCAAUUGCUCCACCUCAAAGCCACUCCAAUUUCAUUGAUGCUGGAACAACAUCGCUGCUUAAUAAAGCCGGCGAACCAGCGUUUAAGUUGUCACUGAAUACAAGCAAAAUUGAAUUCAAGUGUACGGAUGACAGAAAACCCGCAUCAGUUUUCGUUAAAAUGCACAAUCCAACGUCUGAAACUGUUUCCUUCAAAGUUCGUUGUACAUCUGCAGAAAUCUUUCGUGUGCAACCUCCACUUGGGUUCGUCAAACCAAAUGAAACUGUCUCGAUUGUGAUUUGGUAUCAGAAUCAAGACAAAAGAGAUGAGAUGUUCAAAUCUCAUUAUUUCGCUUUCUAUCAUACUCGUAGUGAUGGACGGACUGCUCGUGAACUUUGGACUAAUUCGAAAGCUGAAGGUGUUCGUCGUAUCCCAGCUUCCUUCAUUUCUGCUAAGUAA